AUGUCUGAAGGAGAUUUUAACGGGUUUAACAUUUCAACAUUGCCACCGCCAUCAACAUCGUUGGCACUGCCAUCAACAUCGUUGGCACCGCCAUCAACAUCGUUGGCACCGCUAUCAACAUCGUCGCCACCGCCACCAUCAAUCUCAAAAAGUUCGCCAGCUAUUACAAAUACACAAAAAAAACGUGGGAGACCAAGUGGAUCACAAAAAAAGCAGGACGAGAAAAAUAAAAAAGAAGAAGCAAAAAAUCGAAAAAAGCGGAACCUGCUGAAUCACAAUUAUCAAUUGAAUUUAGUUGAAACACAACUGGCGGUGGCGAAAAAGCAAAGUGAAAAAAUGCUGGUGCAACUUGACUUGGUUUCUCCAACAUUAUCCCCACCUCUUUCACAAUCUUCAAACCUCCAAAACACACAGCAAGGCACACAGCAAACCACUGAGCAAAGCACACAUCAAAUCACACAUCAAAACACACAUCAAAACACACAACAAGUCACACAACAAGUCACACAACAAAACACACAUCAAAACACACAACAAGUCACACAACAAAACACACAAUGUCAGCUGCUGACACAGAAACAAUUCUUUUGUCCGACAAAUAAUCAGCAGCAAGAGAAUGUACAAUUUGCAGAGUACGGUAAAUGGUUGCAACAACAAGCGGCUGCCGAACAACAGAUGUUGUUACAACAGCAAAUGAUGCAAACAUUUACCAAUAAUCUGAUGCAAAUGCGUGCAACUGAACAACAAAAUCAUUUGUUGCUGAUGGGACCAUUUGCCGGACAGCCAUCUUUAGAGAAUUCUACACAAAAAAGCUUGAUUCUUCAGCAAUUGAGUUCUUCAGUGGAAGAGUUGGAGAAAGCUUUGCUGAAGAAACAAGUAGAAAUAAAUAAUAAAAGUCAGCAGCUGACACAAAUAGAGCAGCACUUAUUCCAAAAGGAGCAACAGCUGCUUCAAAAGAAUCAGCAACUGUUGCAAAUGGAGCAAGAAUUUUUGCUAAAGGAGCAAGAGUUGUUGCAAAAGGAGCAACAGUUGUUAGCAAGUGAAAAAGCUGUUUCUCCUAGUCCAGCCAUUCGUCCUUCUCCGCCAUCGCCAAUUUCACUUCCUCCUUCAAACCAAGGUUCUUCUUCUACGGUUAAGAACUCUCUCGUUGCUUCAGGAUUAAAUCCUUCAAGACAUCAUCCUCAAGCAAAAUAUGCUUUAAAAUGUCUAAAAUGUGGCAAUAUAAAUGUAAGUGUAACACUUUUUAUACUUCCAUAG